GCUCACUCCUCCAACCCAUCGUGACACACGUCAUGGCCACCCGCAAGUCGCGCUCCAUCCUGGUCAUCAACCCGAACUGCACCGAGGCCAUGACCCGAGGCCUGGAGCCUCUCGUCAAUGCCCUUGGCCUCGAUUCCGCGACCACCACGUGCGCCUACUUCACCGCGCCUUCAGGCAUCAAGAGUAUCAACAACGAGGCCGACGCCGCUGCCAGCGUCGAGCACUGCCUCCCGCGCCUCCUCCCGCUGCUGCCCCAGCAUGACGCCUUCCUCGUGGCCUGCUACUCGCCGCACCCGCUGGUGCCGCUGCUGAAGUGCCAGGACGACGUCAAGAGAAACCACAAGCCCGUCACAGGCAUCUUCGAGGCAAGCGUCACCGCGAGCUUGCAGCUCGUCGCGCCCGACCAGAAGUUCGGCAUCGUGAGCACCGGCAAGGUAUGGGAAGAGAUCUUGACGGGCGCUGUUACCGCCUUCUUGGGCACUGGCGAGACGGCGGGGAAGCGCUUCGCGGGUGUCGAGACGACGGGCUUGAAUGCCACCGAGCUGCAUGAUGCGCCGCCCGAUGAGGUGCGCCGUAAGAUGAUGGAUGCGACCAAGAGACUGGUAGGUGGGGGCGAUGUCGGCGCCGUGUGUCUGGGCUGUGCCGGCAUGGCAGGCAUGGAGGAAAUGGUGAGGGAAGCUUGCAUUGAAGAGCUCGGCGAGGAGUCGGGAAAGAGAAUUAGGGUUGUGGAUGGGGUGCAGGCGGGCGUUGUGUGGCUGGACGCUACUAUGAGGACUGAUUGCUGAGCAUGUGGUGCGUCAAAACCACUCGAUCAUACCCCCAGAACUUGGGCUUUCUACAUACCCUUGCACGACAGAUAUAACGGCCGCUACUCUUAUUUCGGUAACAAAGUAUAUAUGCUAGAGGAUGCCGGGCGCUUUGCAACGCAGUCCGCAAUGAACCACUGUGCAUACACCACGGCCAGGAAAGUAUAGUGCCCUCGUUUACA